AACACAACACAACAGCUUCCGGCCUGUUUUUUUUACUUUAAUCCCAUUAAUCUCACACCAUGGAACUGAUGCGCUCGCUCGGCUCGCCGUCCGAAGACGACCACCUCAUUCAGCCCAGCACUUACCUGCACGCGCUCGCCAAAGUCAUGGCCACUCCACUCAAGGACAUCCAGCACUCCACCGCUAUAACCGUGCUUGCCGUGAUAACAUCCAGCACAUUCACUGCCUCCUCACAGCCGCAGUACACUCUCCAGCUAACCGACCCCACCAUCAUCCACCACGAAUCAACAGCGGUGGUAGAACUCUGCCUGACCACCACUGUAAAUAAUGACAUUAACCCGGGUGAUAUCGUAUACUUCCACAACGCCCUGGCUACCACUACCACAGCGAAUAAUACCAGAAAAGUUUGCUUGGAAAACAAGUCGCUGUCAUUGUGGAAUAUUUUGGCCAUUUCAGACUCUGUUCAAGAUAUGCCGCCGCUCGUUCAGUAUUUGCGCAAAUGGUGGAUACUCACAAAUAAGUCACUGUCACAUCCUGCAAGUCCCAGCGUGACCUCACCAUCGACAGCAGCAGCAACACCAACAGCAACAACAACACCAGCGGCGGUCUCGUCUUCAAAGUACCUGCGUCAGAUAUCCCAACUCACUGGCUGUACCUUUGCCGACCUCUACCUCGAGCUGCUCGCCCUAUCGCCGCCCGAAACCGACCCUCAUGGAAUGGUCCUCAGACAACGCUGCCUAAUGACCGACUACUCUGCCAACCCAUUGAUCCCCCAACAACACCUUUUCUCCUACCCACUGUGCCCUGCUAAUUGCCAGAUUGUCUGCGAUAUCAUUUGUCCUGGUAUGAUCAACCGGAUGCCGCAGCUUUUGGUUGGUGGAGUUUAUAAACUGAGAAACGCAAAGGUUGACACUUUUGCGAAUGGUGGAACUGUGGUGGUGCUGGCUAGGGAUGUAAAGUAUCCGAAUACGGUACUGGUCAAGGCUGUUCCUGAGGGUGCUGUUGAGCUGGAGAUGUUUAUGGAAAGAAAAAGGGAAAUGUUAGAAAUCGCAAAGAACACCAAAAACAUUUCUGCUUCUGAAACUACCAAUACAAAGUUUCGCAUAUCCGCAAACAUAACCGCCACCUGGCCACCGACUCCAAACCAAACGUACGCGACAAUUUGCGACACUCACCGGCGAAAACUCCCUUGCACGCCAUCAUGCCAAUCUACACACAUGGAGUGUCGCUUUAUAUUGGAGCUCCGAGACUCCUCCUCGGCUACUUGUCUGGUUAUGUUUUGCGCAAAGACAUCGAGAGAGAUUGCCCGACUUUUGAAUAUCCCGACUCAUUCUGUGAUACCGUCGUUUGUUAGACAGCAGGUGGCCGCGGUCUUUGCCUUGCAGAGGGUGGAACUGACAGUGGCUUCUGUUUUGUUUUCAGAUGAUGAGCGAUUAAAGAGAUGUCUUUUGAUUGCUGAUAUACAUAAAUAAUUUAUUAUGCGCCUAUCUAUAGUUGUCUAAGU